CUGAGCAAGAACUAAAUUGUGACCCUGAUACUUGUUUUGGAUCACACUUUGAUACAAAUGCAUACCAAGGAGGGGUGGCAUUGCACUGUGUUGUCAGUUGUCUUCUCUGACAGUUUGCUUGCAACUGAGAUAAUAUAACAGCUGGCCAAUCAAGUUAUCGAUCUUGGCAGAAGUGGCAGCAUGCAAAAAAAGAUAUGACUUGGAGACUCCAAAUCUGUAUUGGCUGAUCAUGAUAAGUAAUUACAAGGAUUUUCGCAUUUAGAGUAGUAUAUAUCUCUCCUCUUCCUUGCAUUUUUCCCCUUUCUCCUCAUCCUCCUCCUCGUCCUACACUGAGGUUUCAUUUGAGCUAAAUCAUGACCGACUGUAAUUUAUAAUACAAUUUGAAAAUGUUGUUCCAUUUGAAAAUUAUACCGCUGUUACAAAAGUAUAAUUACAUGUAACAGUCCAUGUGUUUCAUUGUAAAUGAAAAUUCCCACAGAUUAAAAUCAAUCAACGAAGAUAACUUUCACUAAUAAGUGGGACACGCAACUGCAUCACAAAGCCGUCGACAAAAUUGCAACACUAAGAAUAUUGGACAUCUGAAACUCAAGUUUGGGAUCAUCUUUGCAGAGAAAGCAUUAGAACCAAUGAGGGUCCAAACGUGUAUACUGUUGAUGGUUCUCAACGGUUUUCUUCAUAUUCUGGAUGCGCUUCCUUUUCAUAAAGGUUUGCGGAAAGACAUCAGCAUUCAUCCCUCAAGAAUUCACAAUCUUAAGCCUUGAUCCAAAACUUGUAGAGCAUUUCAAACAAUUCUAGGUGCACUCACGUUUUUGUACAACCGAUUGUAUACUUUACUGUUUCGCCACCUUGUUAUUCUAUGGUGUUAGAUUAAUGUUCAACCACAAAACUUUGCUUCGUGAUGUUAAAAAAAUUUCGGUUGAGGAUUCCUAAGAUAGCAUUAUUCGUUUUGAUCUUUCUUCUUGCUCAAGUUGACAAUUUAGAGAAUUUUCAACAUCCAAAUCAAUUCGAAAACUUGCUUUUUUUCCGUUUUCAUACAAUCAGGAAGCUACCAGUACGAAAGAGAGGAUGGAGCGCUGACCGUAAGAGAAGAAGAGAAGCAAAAGCGAGAGGGGGAAAAGGCAGUUACAAAGAUGGAUGACGAAUGAUGACAAGAAUGGAAAGGAGAAGAAUGAUGACAAGAAGAAUGGUUCAUCAAGUUCUUCCUCUGCAGGUGCGAAGUCUUCAGGUGUUUGCAAUCCCCAAUGCGCGGACAACGAGACUUGUAUUGAUGAUGGAAGUGGCAACUUUUCCUGUGCACCCGGUGACGGAGUAGUAGAUUCAUCAAGUUCUUCCUCUGCAGGUGCGACGCCUCCAGGUGUUUGCCGUCCUCAAUGCGCGGACAACGAGACUUGUGAGAAUGAUGGAAAUGGCAACUUUUCCUGUUGGCGUGACAAGGGUGAGAAGGGCGGUUUUGACGUCUUCGGCUGAUGGCACUGACCAGCACCAUAACGAUGAACCAUUAAUGAUCUGAAAUCUUUCUUAUAUUGGAUGGAUUUCGUAAAUUUAUCAAGACACAAUUACAUAAAGGUCGCUGUUUACUUAAAUGCUUGGCUUGGGAAAUUUGUAAAAUUAGAAAUGGAAUACCCCAGUGCGUCUAUAGCGYGGGUAUCGAAAUGUACGGCUAAACAAUCGCAAGAAGAUUCAACACCUCAAAAGAGUUUAAUUUAUUGACAAAGUGGCUGUUAAUUGCUAAAUGUAUCGUAUUCAAAUAAUAAAAAAGAAGC